GACGGCAACUUCAGGGAAGACGUCUGGGCAACCUACGACUUAGACAAGUAUGCGGCCCUCUGCAACAUGGCGGUGAGCAAGCUCUACUUCUCUUGCGGGAUCGUCUUCCUCUGGACAGCCCGGAUGAUAUCCGAGGUGAAGUCGUCCUUUCACCUGAUAAGUGACCUCUACAAUGUACCGCAGCUUCCUGCGUCUGCAACAGCGAGGGAUAUGGUGUACCAGGUCCUGAACGAGGAGACCAACGAAGUUGAAUGUUUUGAGAUCCUAGCCAUGAAUCGCAUGGUGCGGAUUCUGCUAACUCUUUUGGUCGCGUUGCCAAAGGUUGCCGUGGCCUUCAUCCUGAUGUUCAUCGGAUGUCGGUGGCUUGCUGCCACCCAGUCCUUCGCGGAUUUAAUCCUCAAUGCGUUGGCUUUGGAGUUCGUAAUUGGAAUUGACGAGCUCAUGUUCGAAGCGUUCACGCCUGCCCACAUAGGCCGGUUUAUAGAGCAGACAAAGAUCGCCCAUCCGAAGCAGGCUACAGCCGAGGGCUUCGAGCACGAGUCCACCACAUCUCUCGUGCUGAACGCGCUCGCGAUCGUCCUGAAUUUGGGAUGGUCAUAUAUGUAUUUGAACAAUUGGCAGCAGGUCCUUCCAAACUUUCCUCAUGAUAUUCGUGAGCAUUGUAGAGACAG